AAGUAAUUUGGAUGAAGGCAAUUUGCAUGCGGCGGCGACGGGUUUCUCAGAAUGAAAACAAAGAGCACCGCCACAACAAAGAGAGCCAUUUAAUAUCUUCAUUGUCAUCACAAGUUUUCAGUUACUUUGAAUCAUUCACGAGGCCAAUAACAAAGAGUCUGGUGUCACGCCAACUCGAUCAAUAUUCGCGGAAUGAGAAAUUUAAUUAGUCACAAGACAACGAUGAUCGACACUCUUUGAGCAAUCGAAACAGAGUGCUUUCACUACAUUACUAGAUUGAAAUCUGCUGCGUUUGAGAGCAAAUAUGAAUCUGAAAUUUGCUGUAUGUAUAUCAUUCGUCCUGACGGUCAUAAAACUGUCAAAUUCGAAACAGACUAAAGGACCGAAGUGUGGCAAAAUAGAUGCGAAAAUGUUUCCAUCUUGCGCCAAAGCAGGGUUUAAUUUUACGGUUGACAGCAUCACGUAUGGAUUCUUCGCCAAUUCGUUCAAAGACAUUGUUAAUGGCAUCACGGCAAAAUUGGGCGACUGUUCAAACUACACGAGUCAUAUCGUGUGUUCUCUCUACGUGCCGAGAUGUAAAAAAGCCAUGGCAGGGCCAUGGCUGCCGUGCCAAGAAGUUUGCUGGGAAUUUGUUCGCGGAUGCGGCGAGAAAAUGGAUGUUCACGGAUUAAACUGGAUGAAAUCUCUGUGUGGUCUUCUGCCUUCAAAGUCUAAAAACAGUGGAAAACCUGACGAUUGUUUUGAGCCGCCAGGGUUUAUUAAUCAGAAUUCUUCACAAGAUCUGUCCUGUACCGAAGCGGUGAAAAAUAAGCAGUGCAUGGAUGCAAAAUGCACAGAUACUUUUAUACCAGAGAAAACACAAGAAAGCAAAGACUUCAAGGACAACGAAAAUAGCACCAUCGUCAAGCUAAGAGCAGCUGUCGGGAAGGACAGUUGUAAAGAAAUUCUAACGAAAUUAGCCUGCGCUUCAUACACGCCACCGUGUGAAAAAGACGGACACAUGAUGAAGUCGUUGUGUAGAUCCAGAUGUCUUGAGCUCUUUGGCGACUGUCCUGAAGCCUUCAAUGGCACUGACGUCUCGGCGUAUUGUGCAGCUGCCCCUGGGGGAUAUGCGGACAGCGGUUUCUGUGAUCUAAAGAGGUGGCCUAGUGCUGAACAUUGGGAUGUAGGUACGUGAGAAAAAAUAUAGUUGGAAUAUUGAAUUAAUUCCCGGAUGGAAUGCUUUAUGUUGGGCAGCACUUUUCAUUAUUUUUAACCGCCUGUUUACAAGGAUAUAUCGAGAAAUGUUGCUCAGUUUAGGAGCGUUACCCUCUCAGAAUGUACAGAAUGUUUAUAUGAAGACUGAUAUAAUCCCUGCUGACCGAGAACUGAAAAAAUGGCCUCUCUUAACCCACCUAUCAGGGUUAACUAGCUAACAAUGAUGAUAUGAUAAACAAAACUAAUUUCUUUUCUUUAAUGUGCCGCGGUCAGACAACGCAAGUCUAAUGAAGUUUUCCGUCUGAGACUUGACUGACUUUUCAUUUCAUACAUUAGCGACUGAAGGAAAACUCUAUUUUACAUUUUAAUUGUGAUCUCACACUACUUAGCACUACUUACAACACUGUUACGGUUACUUACACAAUUUACAAUAGUAAUACAACUACUUCCCCUUAUUACAAUACUGAUACGUGUACAGUCACUUAUGUCACUAACAAAACUUGUUAUACAAUGCGAUUACUUAUACACUACUUACACUACUUAGAAUACGAUACGAUUACAGAUAUUACUUACAGUACUACAACUUGCACUUCUCACUCUACAAUACCAUACGAUUACUUAUCCUACUUAGAUACAGAUUACGUUCAGUUCCAAGAGGAUAUACGUAUAUAUUCCCCAAUUUUCAACACUGCGCGUGGUACGAAAAGGAUUUGAAGGAUAAUAAACACAACCAGGACGAGCAAAUUUCGCCAGGUUUAAGUUAAGCU